AUGUUGAGGCCAUCCUUCCAGACGUUGCAGCGUUCGCUGCACAACUCGCUCCUGGUGGCUCGGUCCUCUGCUGCUCACAGAACUACCACCAGCGGGGCUGUUGUUCGGCCCUUGCGCUUGCUUUCGUCGGCAGCCAAGUCGCCCCUCGUAUCCGCCAGCCAUGGCGUGCAGCCGCAGCAGCCGCUUCGACAGGUACAGCAACAGGUUCGAGGUGUCCGCACCAGCCCAUUCCGUCCGAACGGCAACAACAGUGCUGGCGGCUCGGGUGGCCGCUUCGCCUUUGCGGCGCCUCACGCUGCUCCUGCAGCUGACGCCCCCACCAGCUUUACGCAGCCUGGCGGCUGGACUCGCGCUUUGACCAGUCUCGGUAUCAUCGGUGCCACUGCCUUUGGUGCCAACAUGUUCUUCAACCGCGAAACUCGUGACUCGCUCCACCCUGUCGAGGCCGAGUAUCUGCACAAGACGUUCAUGUACCUCGCCGGCGGUUUGACCCUAACGGGUGCUGCUGCUGUUGGUCUGCACCGUUACGGUGUCUCGCAGCGUGUGAUGAUGGCAAACCCCUGGCUCGUGCUUGGCGUCGGCCUGGUUGCAAGCAUUGGUGGCAUGCUCGGUGCUACGUCGCUUCCACCUGGUCACCCGCUCAAGGUCCCAUCGUGGUUGCUCUUCAAUGCUUCACAGGCCGCUGUGCUCAGCCCCUUGCUCUUCCUCAAUCCGGCGGUGUUGUCGCGUGCUGCCCUUUACACCGCGGGUCUGGUUGGCUCGCUCUGUUACGUUGGUGCCACCGCGAAGGAAGACAAAUACCUGUGGAUGGGAGGGCCCCUGCUCGCCGGCGUUACCAUCGUCGCUCUGUCGUCACUGGCACCCAUGCUACUGCCUCGCACCGCUUUCCGCACGCUUGCCGCCACCGAGGCGCUCUCGCUCUAUGGUGGUCUCGCCGUGUUCGGUGCGUUUGUGCUCUACGACACGCAGCGAAUCCUGAAGCAUGCGCAGAUGGUGCGAGCUGGUUACGCUGCCGGUGACCCGCUUGCCGAGUCGAUCAGCCUCGAGCUCGACUUUAUCAACAUCUUUGUUAGGAUGGUCCAGAUCCUCGGCAUGCAGCAGAACCGUCGCAAGUGA